CCUUACUGGCCAUCACAACGGAAGUUGCUCGUUGGUUUUUAUCAUUGUUUUGUACUUCUCUCUUCCAAAAUGCGCGUGAAACUAGUAACGCUCCUGUGUAUCACACUUGGAUCUGUGCUUCUGGUUAAGGGAAAAUCUUUAAACAAAGCAAACGGUAUUGUACGCUUUUAAUCAGAAUUUAAUUAACAAACGAAAACCAGUUUACCAAAGAUCAACUUUGUGCUUUUGCAGAAGACUCCACAGAUCAAAAUUCUAACGAGGAGAAACAUAACCAGUUGGUCCAAAAUGAACCUGUAUCAACAAGCGAGAAGAGUGAAUCUGAAAACGGUUAGUAUGCAGAUAAAACCGACGUAUUGAAUGUAACACUCUACGAUGUUGUUGAGUGAAAUCACAGAGCAGGGCCUUAUGAAAUGUCUAAACUGAACUACUUGAUUAAAGAAGUAGACUUUUCUUUGUUAAUCUCAACGUUAUUUAAGCAUUUGGUGACUCUUUGAGAUGCAAUAGAAGCUACAUUGACAACUUUCCUUUUACCAUCACUGCUUGAUUGAUCAAUAAUAUAAAAAAAUAAGGUAACAAGAGGUAAUUACUAAGCAAUGCAGGACUUGUUUUAAGUUUACAAAAAUUAACUCAUACCAGUAUACGGAGAAGAAAAAAAGACAGAAAAUUUCUGACCUCAAAGUGCAUUGCUACCACGAUAGCCCCUCAGUCACCUGUUGUUGUGCUACGCGGAUUAGACUUAACAGGACUGAAACAGCUAUGCAUGGGGAUUCAUGGGGCGAUAUGUGACUGUACGUAUGUGAAAGGCAUUAUAACCACACCUCAGGCAUGGUGUACCAAAAUUCCUCUUGACUCUCAUCAUCAGUUUUACAAAGAGAAAAACUCUUUUCUUUCCUUGAUUGUGUUCACAUGUACUCAAGAACCAAUAAAGUACCAAAUAAUAUUUAUUGCAAAGGUGACUUUCUCAAUCUGAACAUGUAUUCUAAUACUUUAAAUAAAAGUGAAAAAACAGUAGAUAAAGAGAAUUAAAACAAUUUACAGGGAAAUGGUCAAAUCUUCGUUUAGAUUUGUAUUUCCACAGUUCACAUCAUCUUCAUUCUAAGAAUAAAAACGGUUUAAUGGCAUGAAGACAAUAGGAAUGAUUACUCCAAACAUGUGAUGUUUUGUUUACGAAGUUUAACAGAUUGGUUAUAAGGACUUUUAUUUGGCAAAUAGCUUUUGGGAGUAUAAAACGAUAAUUUUUAAGAUAUUUACUAUAUAUGCUAUUAUGAUUAACGAUACUUUUGCCUCCCUUAAUGAUUAAAAUGUUGUUAUUCUGUUACAAUAGUCAUCAAUUAUUCAUUAUAAUGUUAAAAAUUGUACCAAAGGGAGGGGAAAACAUAGCAACAACAACAACAAAAAUAACUGACACGUACAAAACAAAACAAACCCACAAAAAGGAAAAAUAUUAUUAAAAUAUUCGAUUUUCCUCUUUUGUUAUAGCACAAAAAGAGAAAGAUCCUUGCGUUUGCGACCAGAAUGCACUUAAAGAAAACAAUGAAGGAACGAAGAAAUCUAAAUGUUCUAACAAAUGUAGCAGCUCUUGCCAGGAAAACAAGAAAUGUAAAGAAGCAGAUAAGAAAAGUCAAUGCAAGGAAAAAGCACAACCAUGCAAAGUCAAAGAUCAACUAAGGAAAUGUGAAUGCAAGAAUCAAAGCGACAAACCCAAGAAAUGCAAAGAUGUUCAAAACAACGAGAGUGCGAAGAAAAGCAACUGCAAAUGCAAAGAAGGGGAAGCCAAACAGGCCAUUCCCAAGCCAGGUGCCAUUUCAGCUGCCCCUGGGGCCGUGCAACCUAUGAAUGGUAUAGCGGUUCAACAUGGCUUUGGUAAAAAGGUGAACAAUAGUAAGAAAUGCUGCUGUGAUUGCUGCCACGAUUGCUGCCACGAUUGCUGUUGCGAUUGUUGCCACGAUUGCUGUGACUGCUGUCAUGAUUGCUGCUGUGACUGCUGCCAUGAUUGUUGCUGUCACUGUUGCGAGCCAUGCUGUUGUCACUGCUGCCAUUGCUGUGAGCCAUGCUGCUGUUGUUGCCAUUGUUGUGAGCCAUGCUGCUGCCACUGCUGCCACUGCUGUCACCAUUGCUGUCCAUGCUGCUGCGGCUGCGGCUGCUGUAAGAAGUCCAAGUCACAGCUUAACUCCGAUGCUUUGGCUGCUGCGGCAGCAAUUGCUGCCAACCGCCCGGAACAUCACUAA